AUGUCCUGCAAAAAUCUUGUCCUCGAUGCUGGCCCACUAUUGUCCCUCUCUCCGCUUAGAGGGCUAGCACAGACGUACUACACCGUCCCACAAGUUCUUUCCGAACUAAAGGACAAACGGGCGCGCGAUCACUUCGACCAACUUGGUCUCACUGCAGGAGUCAAUGUCGAGAUCGCCUCUCCGGACCCGGCCAGUUUAGCAGCUGUUAUACGUACGGCAAAAAAGACGGGCGAUUACUCAGUUCUAUCUCAUCCGGAUCUAUGUGUCUUGGCUUUAACAUAUUCUCUCCACGAACGAGAGAAAAACUUGAAGAAGGGACAGGAUUCUGUAGCUCCCUCGGAAACUCCCGCCCAGUCUGAAAUCAAGCCAGAGGAAUCGCCAUCGGAAACAACCGUCGAUGAGCCAGAAAUCGAGUCAGAUCUCGAAGAAGAGACCAGAGGGGAGGAUUUGGAGCCUUUGAACGUUGAAUUAGAGCCAAUCGACACCGACGAGCAUAGAAAGCCCCCAGAAGAUUUGGAACCUGCUUCCUCUCCCCCCUCUUCUCCCGAACCUAUUUUCGACGACCCUUCAGACGAAGAUGAUGGUGAAGGAGAAUGGAUCACGCCCUCGAAUGUUGGCCUACAUAAAUCUCGCGCUCUGGAUCUACUUCCCCAAUCCGGCACCAAAGCCAGAGGGAAACAAAAAGAAGACCCUUUCGACGUGGGCUGUAUGACCGCUGAUUUUGCUAUGCAGAACGUCUUACUACAGAUGGGCCUCAAUCUCGUGGGAGUCGAGGGUCAGAGAAUCCAAAAACUCAAGAGUUGGGUUCUUCGUUGCCAUGCCUGCUUCAAGAUUUGCAAGGACAACUCCAAAAAGUUUUGCCCGUCUUGCGGCAAUCCUACUUUGUUGCGCGCUUCGGUCACGAUCUCAAGUCCGGAUGCUCCGGGUGACGCGCCCGUCAUGGAGGUCCACUUAAAACGCAACUUCCAGUACAAGCUGCGCGGCACAAAAUACUCCAUUCCUGCACCCAAGCCAGGAUCGGCGAAGACUGGGACCGGGGAAGGAUUGAUUCUACGAGAAGACCAGUCGGAGUAUGUUCGAGCUAAAAAGAUGGCUGAUGGAAGAAAACAACGCGAGGAGGCAAAGAUGAACAAAGGGCUCCUUGGUCAGAAUGGGGGGAUCGGAAGUUGGUUGGACCCUGACUGGGUUCCAGAGAUGCUUACAGUUGGUGCUGGUGGCAAGGGUCGUACGGUUCGACCAUCUGGCCGCGAUGGCGAUAUGCCAGUCAUUGGACAUGGAAGAAAGAAUCCGAACGAGCGCAAACGGCGCAGGUAA